UGCAAUAUAUUAUAUCAAUUGUAUGGUAACAGGAAUGGAACUAGCACCAAAAGGCUCAACAGACAAGACAUUCUCAGCCCAACUUCUGCAUUUUGGUUGUGACAUGGUUAUUAUCACACCUCUCCAUUGUAUUUAUUUGCAUGGUCAUUUGCUGAUCAGUCUCUCUGGACGCAUUCUGCAGGAGGAACCCUGUGGUGUUUUUAUUGAAGUGUUGCAGUUGCUGCAAUGUGGCUCUUUGAAACAACCAGUGUGAUAAUGGUGAUUACUCUCACGUCGCCAGGUGAUUGUGAGAGAAAUUGGAUGGUGACUUUCAAUAAUGCAGAUCCAUGUGCCUUAAAAGGGUCAUCAGUGGUGUUUGGAUGCAGUUAUGACUACCCCGCAGACCAGACUGUAACAAAUACCUUCUGGAAGUUCAGGACUCCAAAGGAUGACACAAAUGUCUUUGAGGCCCAGGAAUACAGAGACCGUGUAGAAUACCUUGGAAAUGAAAACCACAACUGCACCUUGAGAAUGAAUAACCUAAUUAGUAGUGAUGCAAAUUCCUAUUUCUUCAGAUUUAAGACAACUAAUAAUGCAUGGAGCAGUAAGACAUCAGUUUCACUAACUCUGACAGGGCUGACAGCUGAAGUAAACCCUGCCACUGUGAGAGAGGGAGAGAAGGUGACACUAAAAUGUAGCACAACCUGUACACUGAGUGACCCUCCCACUAUUGUCUGGUUCAGGGAUGGACAAUCAGUAUCAAAAACAGAGUUUCAGACAAAUAGUGAGGAUUCUGGUAGAUACCGAUGUGCUGUUCAUGGUCAAUAUAAUCUUUCCUCUGCUCCAGUGUCUCUUGAUGUCCAAUAUGCUCCAAAGAAUGUCACAUUGUCGGUCCGUCCAUCUGGAGAUGUUACUAAGGGUAACUCAGUCACUCUCAACUGCAGCUGCAGUGCAAACCCCCCCGUGUUGGACUACCUCCUGUAUAAGGAGGGUGGACAGGGCUUCACCACGGUGGCUGGGAGGCAGACUCACACCUUUUCUAACAUCCAGCCAGGGGACAGUGGAUGGUACUACUGUAAUGCCAGCAACAGUAUCAACACAGUCAGAUCUAAUCUAACUACCCUCAAUGUUCAAUACCCUCCUGAGGACACCUCUGUGUCAGUCAGUCCCUCUGGUCCAGUGGUAGAGGGAAGCUUUGUGAAUCUGACCUGUAGCAGCCAUGCUAACCCAGCAGUGAGCUACACCUGGUACAGAGUCAAUGGGAAAAGCCCUAUCCAGUCAGGGACUCAGUUGAUACUUGAGAAGGUCUCUCCUGAUAACUCAGGGAGGUAUUACUGUAAGGCACAGAACAAACAUGGAGCCCUCAACUCAUCACUCCUGUUUCUUGAUGUUCUGUAUCCCCCACGGAACACCUUGGUAUCAAUCAGUCUCUCUGUCCCACUGUUAGAGGGAAGUUCUGUGAACCUGACCUGCAGCAGCCACGCCAACCCAGCAGUGGAGAACUACACCUGGUUUAAGAAGGAUGGAACAGACGCCUCACAGACAGGGUCAGGAGAUGUGUUGGCAUUGACCUCUCUAACCUCCUCUGACAGUGGACAGUACUUCUGUGAGGCCAGGAACAGAGAAGGGGCUCACAAGUCUACCGUGGUGUCUCUGACCAUACAGAGUACCAAUCAUGCUACAAAUACUUUAAUAGCAGUUUACAUUGGUUCCGCGGCCACAGUUUUCACGGUGAUCGUACUUCUUGUGUUCUUAUGGAUGUGGAAGAUCCCGUUCAAAUUAUGUCAAAGGACCGCUGUGGACAUAGAGGACGAUCAAAACUCAGUCUUAUCCAGAAAAAGGACCAGUAAUGACCCAGCCACACAGGAAACUAGAACAGAGGAACAGGAAAAUGCCCUCUAUGCCAACGUUCAACUGCCUCCCUCUCACACCCACCACCAAGACAGUUCUCUGUACUCUGUGGUCGAGCCACCAGCUCUGCAGAGCCCUCCUGAACCUCAUUACGCUACCUUUGACUUCCAGCAGUUCCGCAGCUCCAUCAACGAGGCCCAAUUCUCCCGAUGCCAUAAAGAGGAUGAUGUUGUAUACUCCACAGUGAAAGCCAUAAAGGCCAACAUGACAGACAACCUCCAGUACGCCAGCAUCCAUUUCCCCCUCCCCAGUCCUACUGCCAGGCUGGAAGAAAGUUUAGAGGUGGACCAUUCUGUUAUCUACUCCACUGUUGCCAAACCAGAAGCCUGAACAUAUCCUUUCAUAAUGUUGAAUAAACUAAGCUGCAUUGGAACGCAAGUUAAGAUAUGUAAAGUGUGCAAUUAAUAAGUUGUUAUGGUAAUAGAGUUACAGUGCCUUCGGAAAGAAUUCAGACCCUAAAAUGGACUAAAUACAUACAAAUUCUCAUCAAUCUACACACAAUACCCCAUAAUGACAAAGCAAAAACAGGUUUAUAGAAAUGUCUGCAAAUGUAUUAAAAAAACAAAAAGAGAAAUACCUUAUUUACAUAAGUAUUCAAACCCUUUGCUAUGAGACUCGAAUUUGAGCUCAGGUGCAUCCUGUUUCCAUUGAUCAUCCUUGAUAGGUUUCUACAAAUUGAUUUCUACAACUUCACCUAUGGUAAAUUCAAUUGAUUGGACAUGAUUUGGAAAAGCACACGCCUGUCUAUAUGAAAUCCCACAGUUGACAGUGCAUGUCAGAGCAAAAACCAAGCCAUGAGAUCGAAUGAAUUGUUUGUAGGGCUCCAAGACAGGAUUGUGUCGAGGCACAGAUCUGGGGAAUGGUACCAAAACCUUUCUACAGCAUUGAAGGUCGCCAAGAGCACAGCGGCCUCCAUUAUUUUUAAAUGGAAGAAGUUUGGAACCACCAAGACUCUUCCAAGAGCUGGCCUCCCAGGCCAAACUAAGAAAUCGGGGGAGAAGGGCCUUGGUCAGGGAGGUGACCAACAACCCGAUGGUCACUCUGACAGAGCUCCAGAGUUCCUCUGUGGCGUAUGGAGAACCUUCCAGAAGGACAACCAUCUCUGUAGCACUCCACCAAUCAGGUCUUUAUGGUAGAGGCCAGACGGAAGCCACUCCUCAGUAAAAGGUGCAUGACAACCCUCCUGGAGCUUGCCAAAAGCCACCUAAAGUGCUCUCAGACCAUGAGAAACAAGAUUCUCCGGUCUGAUGAAACCAAGAUUGAACUCUUUGGCCUGAAUGCCAAGAGUAAAAUCUGGAGGGAACCUUGCACCAUCCAUACGGUGAAGCAUGGUAGUGGCAGCAUCAUGCUAUUGUAACGAGAUUCGCCUUCCUCUGACGCGGAGUAUGACAGAUCGGACCAAUGUGGUAAGUGUUCGUCAUUUUUUAUGAAAAGUCACUGAACACGAAAAUACCAAAUAACAAAGUGAAAGACAGAAACGAAAAACAAAACAGUUCUGUAUGGUGAAAACACAGACAGAAAACAAUCCCCCACAACUCAAGUGGGAAAAACAGGCUGCCUAAGUAUCGUUCUCAAUCAGAGACAACGAUUGACAGCUGCCUCUGAUUGAGAAUCAUACCAGGCCAAACACAUAGAAAACCAAAACUAGAACAACACAUAGAAUAGAACACACAGCCAAGACAAUGCAGGAGUGGCUUUGGGACAAGUCUCUGAAUGUCCUUGAGUGGCCCAGCCAGAGCCCGGACUUGAACCCAAUCGAACAUCUCUGGAGAGACCUCAAAAUAGCUGUGCAGUGAUGCUCCCCAUCCAGAGAGAAGAGCAGAGCAGAGAAGAAUGGGAUAAACUCCCCAAAUACAUGUGUGUCUAGCUUGUAGCAUCAUACCCAAGAAGACUCAAGGCUGUAAUCACUGCCAAUGGUGCUUCAACAAAGUACUGAGUAAAGGGUCUGAAUACUUAUGUAAAUGUAAUAUUCCAGUUCUUUAUUUUUUAUACAUUUGCUAAAAAAUAUUUAAUAAACAGUUUAUGCUUUGUCAUUAUGGUAUAUUGUUUGGAGAUUGGAGAGGGAAAAAUGAUUUAAUCAAUUUUAGAAUAAGGCUGUAACGUAACAAAAUGUGGAAAAUAUUUUCCGAAGGCAUUGUAUAUGUCUUGUACUGUACUUGUAAUAUACAGUAUGUGUCUCAGGUGUGUCCAUGAGCGUCCAUUGCUUGUGCAUGCUUCUAUCUUGUUAAGACCUCUUAAUUAAGGAUCGGACCCUUUUUUUAAAUUUUCAUCUGAAAUGACAUACACAAAUCUAACUGCCUGUAGCUUAGGACCUGAAGCAAGGAUAUGCAUAGUCUUGAUACCAUUUGAAAGGAAACACUUUGCAGUUUGUGGAAAUGUGAAAUUAAUGUAGGAGAAUAUAACACUUUAGAAAGACCAUUAUCGGACUUAGGACUCUAGGUGCAAUUAAGAUUUUGGCCACUAGAUGGCAGAAGUGUAUGUGCAAAGUUUUAGACUGAUCCAAUGAAUCAUUGCAUUCCUGUUCAAAAUGUUAAAAUGUCUGCCCAAAUAUGCCUAAUUGGUCAAUAAAUACAUGUUAAGGUAGAUAGCUGUGUACUCUUUAAACAAUAGCAUGGCAUGUUUUCACUGUAAUAGCUACUGUAAAUUGGACAGUGCAAUUAGAUUAACGCCAAUUUAAGCUUUCUGCCCAUAUAAAAUAUGUCUAUGUCUGGGAAAUGUUCUUGUUUCGUACAAAGUCAUGCUAAUCACAUUAGCGCACAUCAGCUCAACCAUCCCGAGGGUGGGACACCGACCUGUAGAGUACUUUAUUA